AUGCGCCUAUCACACCUGUACCAAUACUGCACUGGGCAAGUUAGAACCGGCAAUUUGUUGUUGUUUCAUCACCUAUACGAGAAUCCACAAAGGAAAAGUGAAGGAGAUGAUGACAUUAAUGUCGAUGUCUGCUUUCUUAUUGCGCGUCUGUAUCCCGUGGUUUCAUUUUCAUGGGGUUCAGGUUUUGAGAGGAUGGCUGGGUGAAUGGUUCCAUACCCUUUAAAGUGAAAGGGAAGCAGUUAAAAAUCACAUUGUCAUGUCCUUACAUUGAUUGAGUUGCCAGUUGAAGUUUAUGAUUGCAUCAAGUUGCUGAGAUUUGAGUUUCUUUCUU